AUGUCAGACCCAGCCCAAAUCCAAAGCGCACCCGAAUCUACCACUGGCAAAUCCAAACCCCAGGCAAGCACGUACUGGAAGAGACGCAAAGAGCUCGCGAGGGCGAAGAAAGCAGCCAGCCGCCAAGUCCAAUCCCAGCCAGAUCCAAGCACAAACCCAAGCUCCCCACCGCCGCGUAUCGACGGGCCCCUCCAAGCCUUCUUCGACCAGUUCCUCCCAACGUUCAUGUUCGACCCGCGCAGAGAAGCCUACCGCGAGUUCAACCGCAUGCUCCGGUGGCGCAAGGAGGCCUUUCCAGAAUUGCGGCUAGCGUUAUCCGAGAACGCGAAGGAGGAUAGGAAGGCGUGGUUGGCGACUUUUAGGCGGGCGCUGAUUGAGCAUUUUCAUUGGCGCUAUGGGACGGAUGUGGAGAGUUUGCCGGCGUGGCAGGGGUUGUGUGAGACUGUUGGGGUUGUGCCUGUUCCGGGGGAGUUGAAGGCUGCCAGGGAGGCGGUGUGCAACGCCCACGUCAACCUAGUCGACCUAACCACCAAGUACACAGCGUUCACCGACGACGAGGGCCACAACGACAACACCCAGAGAAUUCAAGUCUUCCCAUCAGAGGUGGCGCUGAGCAAGUACACCAAGCGCACUGGGUUUAUCUUUCCGAGGUAUGGAGUGGAGGAUGGGACGAUCUUGUGGACUUUGCUCCGCAGGAUCGAGGAUCCUCCGCCGGUUGGUACGAGGAGAAAUGAGCAUAACCAGAUUAUUGGAGAAAGCGUGCCGGGUGCUGCUGCAGAACCGAGCGAGAAGAAGGGGAGCCCGAAGAAGAAGAGGGGUGCGAGGAGCAAGAAGGGGAGUAGGAGGACCGACUCCUCCGACGUCCCGGUCAAUAGCCCUGAAAAUGGUGGUCAACCCUGA